AUGACCUGGUGGGAGGAAGCGUUAAAUGGUCUUCUCAUGGAUCGCCGUCUUUGUGCUGCCGCUCGAGCAAGCGCACCCGCUAUUUACACCGAUAUACUGUACCACGCUUACAACACGCCAGUACGGAAACGCUUACGCCACCUGUUUCGCUCGUUUACAAGUACGUUUUGGGACAGGCGCUCCAAUUCUUGCAGCAGUGUCUCAGGGACACGCUGGCCAUCCUUCAAAAGUAGGCUGGCGACGGACCUGACCGACUUCCCCAACAUAGGCGAGAGCUUCCGCCUCCAGAACCCACCGGGAGAGAGUCUGCAGCUGAACAGUAAGCCUUCCAUCGUAUACAGGCCCACCUUGGCCUAUACGCCCGAGUCAGGCCACUUCAUCAACCAGUGUGAACCCGACGACGUGUGUGGGAUAAGCCCCUGCGACAGCCCUACCGACGGCACUGUGGUGGUGAACGGUGGGGAGGACGCGAGGCUCCCUCUUUGCAUGCAGCAGGAGGCGCUCGAACCCGGCAGAGACGAGAAGGAAGGCCGGGCGGAGGAGCUCGUGCCUCUGGAGGAGCUCACGGCGUCUCUCCAGGGCGCCAAGAAGUCCUACGGGAAGUUGAACAGGAGAAAAAACCUUUCGAAUCAUAGAUAUGACUGAGUCGGUGCGUUUGAGUGUGAGACAAGCGGUGUAAAAGAAUUUGGUGGUCUUGGUGUGUUUAUUCAUUAUUACCAUCGUGAUUACCAUUGAUGUUGUUACUGUUCUAUCAUUGUUAGGAUUAACGGUGAGUAAAACUAUUGUCAUUUUCAUUAAUGUUGAAUGUUAUUAAUGUUUGUGAUUGAUGAGGAUGUGUAAUAAUGGUAGUAAUGGUUAUAUUUGCUAUUGUUUUCAUUCUGAAUUUUGGAUUUUUCAUAACAGUAAAUAAAUAUUAAUACAGUAAUUAUAAAGAGUUUUGCAUAUUUUAUUAAUGUCGGUAACAUUUUAGCAUUAUUGUGGUUAUUAUUUUAUAAUUAUUAUUGUUCAUUACCAUUAUUGAUAUAAUUAUUAUUGUUGUUAAUCUUUACCAUUAUAGUUAUUAUCAGUAUUUUCUAUUUGUAUGUAUAUUUGCCCUUGAUUUUCAAUUCUGUAUUGGUAUUGUAAUUAUCAUUGGCAUCGGCAUCAUCAUUAUCAAUAUCAUCAACAUUAUCAUUAAAACCAUAUUUACACGUUUAUAAGCUGCAUUUUUCCAAAGAAAUUUCCAAGAGCAAUGCUUACUAAGGCACAACAGUGGUCAACCGUGCUAAUAUUAUAAAUAUUUUAAAUUUAUGACCACUCUGCAAAGAGUACAAUCUGUUGACCCCGUCUGUGUGCUACUGUCUUUCUUUUCUGAAAUUUCGUGUUUAUAAUACCAUAUAGUACAUAGUAUCAAAUCAUUUAGUCUUAUGUAUUAUUUUUCCGCGAAUUUUGUUUUUGUAUGACAAGACACUGGAAGGUAAAUUGUACUUUUUCCCAAGUAUUGUGACAUAUUUGCGGUUAACAUCUAACUGGGUCGUGGAGAGCAAGAGGGAGACAGGCAAGUGUUUCAGAUACCUUAUUAUACAUACGCAAGGGAACUCAUAAAAUAGAUCGGCAGUGAGCCUCUCACUCUCCAUGAAAAGAUAAGAAUUGCUGCUAUUGUUGUGAAUGAGAUGUUGAUAUUUGUCAAACCAUUCGAAAAUGAGAAUAAUGUGCAUAAGGCAGAGGCCUGUGACGACGCAUACGAUUGAUCUACCUGGACUGUUAUGCAGAGAAUAUGAACGUAAAAUGCUAUCCUAUAAAAUCCCUUUGUUUAAAUGCAAGGGAAACUUUUCUGUCGAAAACUGGAUUAUAAACAUUAUUAGGAAAAUCAAAAUUUGUUGGAGUUAUUUAUAAAAUUUGGACUGAGGACAUUACGUGAAGCUCAACACAAUUAACAUACUAGUGGCAAUUACAUGUGCAAAUACAAUUGUCAACAUGAAAGUUUGCUUCAUCUUUACCUUUUUGAGUACUGCGAAUUUUGCGAUCAGCGUUAUGAUAAAUUCUGUACUGAUGUCAAGUUAAAAUUCUGAAGGUAUGCCUACUCUGAGGAAUAAAAAUUACAUGAGGGAUACUAAUAGGCAUAAGCAUUAUGCUCUCGAUGAGUAGUGAUUCUAGCUGGGAAAGUGGCUUUUAAAAAGGGCAUCAGUUACCUAGAGUAUAAACAGGUUACAGGGUCUAGUAUUCUAGCCUCCGGGCUAGUACAGUGGUAACGUGUCGGCCUCUCAUCCGAGGGUUCGGCGGUUCGCGCCCCGCCCAGGCGCGAGAAGUUGCAAUUGUCGCCCGGAGGUUACUGCUGUGGCUGGGCACCA